CUAGGCGGCUUGUUUGCGACUGGCGGGCGGCCGUUUCAGUUCGCUUCGGCAGCGCGCUCUGCCCGGCCUCCUCAGUCUCCUCGUGGGGAGAGUCCGGGAGCAGCUCCGAGGCCGCGGGGAAACCAGAUGGAAUCCGAGGUUUGGAGUAGUAUCCGAGGUUAGGGCAAGGCCAGAGAAUGGAGUGGGAGGCUUUCGGAGCCCAGGGUUCGGUCCCUGCGAUCGCCGCGUCCCCCUUCCUUGGUGGGAGCGGCUCCCGGGAAGCGGUUCGUCUCGUCUCCCCUCGCAGGCCGGGUUCCGUUCUGGACCUUCGCCCUCGGAACGCCGUGCGGUCGGCUGGAACUCCUUCCCGAGGUGGACGGCUCUGCUCUGGUUGCUGGCUCUGCCAGGACUGUAGGAGUGCGCAGUAUGCUUUAGGGUAGGCAAGGCACUCCCUGGGAGACAGUGCUUUAGGGCCAGAGAAAGGUCUCCGGUGAAGGCAAAUGCCCGCGGAGCGCACAAAUCCAGGCUGCACGGAACAAGUCAGGAUGCUGCCACUGACAGUUCCGCAGACGGCUGGAACCCAUCAGAGAGGAAGAGCCGCUGACAUAGGGUCUCUUGCCUGAGCUGUAGGGUUGAGACUGGAGCUGGAAGAGGGAACUGAUCUCGGAGCCUCUCGGGGACCUUGGUGGUUUGACCCUUUUACUUGCAGGGAGGGAUUGGAUGAAGUAACUGUGUCCAAAAUGCAGGGAAAACGAAGAAAUCAUGGAGAGUUUGCCCCAUGAGUGAGCGUUAUGUAACCUAGGAUCUGUGGUUAACAGUCUGCGGUUUGAGUCUGAGGGGAGAAAACACCCAAAGUGAGGGAAUGGUCAGCCUUGUUAUUUCAGCCCUCUGGCCUUCCCUAUGAGGAGGAAGAUCAACUAAGUCACAGGGCCCUUCUAGCCCAAUCCAGAGCUGUGCCAUGGCAGACCCGAGAGAAGAGGAGACAGUGUCAGCAGAAGCCUCAGGGUUCUCAGACUUGAGUGACUCAGAGUUCCUAGAGUUUCUGGACCUAGAAGAUGCCCAAGAGUCAAAUGCUUUAGUUAACAUACCUGGCCCAUCUUCUGCAUCCCUUGGGAAGGAUGACAAACCCAUAAGCUUACAAAACUGGAAAAGAGGAUUGGAUAUCUUAUCACCCAUGGAGAGAUUCCAGCUUAAAUAUUUAUAUGUCACUGACCUGGCUUCUCAGAACUGGUGUGAACUGCAAACAGCAUAUGGGAAGGAACUUCCUGGUUUCUUGGCACCUGAGAAGGCAGCUGUUUUGGACACUGGUGCCAGCAUACACCUAGCUAGAGAACUAGAACUUCAUGAUCUUGUGACUGUCCCGGUCACCACCAAAGAAGAUGCUUGGGCAAUUAAGUUUCUGAACAUACUUUCAAUGAUUCCUACCCUGCAGUCAGAAGGGCACAUCAGAGAGUUUCCAGUGUUUGGGGAAGUGGAGGGUGUACUUCUUGUUGGAGUGAUUGAUGAGCUGCACUAUACAGCCAAGGGGGAGCUGGAACUAGCUGAGCUCAAGACACGCAGGCACCCUGUGCUCCCUCUGGAAGCUCAGAAAAAGAAAGAUUGUUUUCAAGUCAGCCUGUACAAAUAUAUCUUUGAUGCCAUGGUACAAGGAAAAGUGACCCCUGCUAGCCUAAUCCACCACACGAAGUUGUGUCCAGAAAAGCCACUGGGGCCAUCAGUGCUGAGGCAUGCCCAGCAGGGAGGCUUCUCUGUGAAGUCUUUGGGUGACCUCAUGGAACUAGUCUUCUUGUCUCUAACACUGUCAGACCUCCCAGUUAUUGAUAUCUUGAAGAUUGAGUAUAUCCACCAAGAGACUGCCACUAUGCUGGGUACAGAGAUUGUAGCCUUUGAAGAGAAGGAGGUGAGAGGCAAGGUACAGCAUUAUAUGGCCUACUGGAUGGGCCACCGAGAGCCUCAGGGAGUUGACGUGGAGGAGGCUUGGAAGUGCCGGACGUGUACCUAUGCAGACAUUUGUGAAUGGAGAAAGGGUAGUGGAGUGCUUAGCUCCACAGUGGCACCCCAAGCCAAAAAAGCCAAAUGAAUAGAAGGUAUGCUUUCAAGAAUGUUGAUCCUUCCUGCUCCUGCUAUACCUAAGCAAAAGAGGACCAGUGUCUGAGCUUGGCUUUUAUGGACAAUGUUCUUAUUUUGGUUCUUUCUUUAUUUCCACAACCUCUAACCACAUUCAGUCCAGGACCAAGACUCAGGGAUAAGUGGGAGAGAUGUGGAGUUAUACUGUUCCUGGAGCUUUGCCAUGGAUUGCCUAAGAAGACAAAUGCUCAUCAUGGCUGGAACGAAGGUAUCCUUUAGUAAACAUUGCUUUCCUAAGAAAAUUCUUCAGUUUCUGAUAAGUCGUCCCUAUUUUUAUUUUGAUCAAGGCUUUGUACAUUUUACAUAAUAAAUUGAAAUGCUUUCCAGGACAGUUGAACUGA